AUGACCAGACUAACAUCCCUCCCCAUCAUCCUCCUCACCCUCGCCAACAUCACACCAGCCUUGACAUUCUACAUCCCCCCUUUCCUACACCACCCAAACAGCACAAACAUAACCUACCACAUCCCCCCUCCCCCUCCCCAGUCCUCUCCUUCGGACAGCAUCAGCAACAUCUCCCACCUCCAAACAACAGACCCCUCCUCCCCACCCAUAGGCCCCUACUUCUUCCGCGGCAACCGCCGCUACGAAGACGAAAUCUGCGGCGCCUCCUCCUUCGUAGGCAUAACCCGCGCAACAUCCCCCCUUACAACAGACUGCCUCCUCCUCGCCGACGAGGCAGCAAAAGAGCGCUACGUCUGGUACGCCCGCGGCUUCACCGACAACACCACCAUCCUCGGCAUCCGCUCCCACGGCACCUGCAACUUUGGCAUCCGCCCGCCCUAUGCGGACGCGCUCCCGCGCAUCAAGACGGGCUGGUACGUCGGCGGCGUGGACGUCGCGGAGUUGGUCCGCACCGCGGUGCGAGAUUACAAUGUCACGGGCCAGACGGGCGCGAGCGGGAUGAUGCACUGCUGGGCGAAUAGGGAGAACCAUGUUGAUGUGCAGUGGGCUAUUUACGGUUCUGGGGAGCAGGGUGAGGCGGGUUACUUUUGGGCGCCGCCUGUGCCUGUGAAGUCGGGUGCUGCUGGGAGGGGAGGGUUUGUGAGCACGGGUGUGAUUACUGGUAUGUUGGUUUUCUGGCUGUUGUUGUUUUGGUAUAUUGUGAACUGA